GAAAAGUGCUAGCCAUCUGUGAUUAUGCUACACGCGUGGUUAAAACUCAAUAGAAGAAUCGGUUCGGGUUUAUGAUCUCUGGUUAGGAUUAAGUAGUGUUCUUCAUCAUGUCCGUCCUGGAGGCUUGGUACAUGGACGAGUCCACGGAAGAUAAGAGACUGCCUCAUAAAUUACACCCCAAUCAUCCAGUGAGUCUACAGGAGCUCCAGGACGUCGGGGUUUGGUACUGGAAGAGCUGUAAUUCCAUCCAUCCAUCCCGCUUAUUCUACACAGGGUCACAGGGUAGCCUGGAACCGAUCCCAGGGGAAUCAGGGCACAAGUUAAAUGCUGAUAUCUAUGAACAUGACCCCGAGUUGCAGAAGAUCCGAGAAGAAAAAGGUUACUCCUACAUGGACAUCAUCGACGUUCACCCGGAUAAACUGCCUGACUACGAGGAUAAAUUAAAAACCUUCUAUGAGGAACAUCUGCACCUCGACGACGAGAUCCGUUACAUCCUGGACGGAAGAGCGUACUUCGACGUUCGAGACAAAAAUGACCGCUGGAUCCGAAUUGCAAUGAGAAAGGGAGACAUGAUCACACUGCCAGCUGGAAUUUAUCAUCGAUUCACGAUGGACGAGACUAACUACACUAAAGCCAUGAGGCUGUUCGUAGGCGAGCCGGUGUGGAAGGCCUACAACCGACCAGCUGAUCACUUUGAAAUUCGCAGAAAGUAUGUGGAUUCACUCAAGUGCUCCUGAGUAGGAUCGAGAUCGGGAGAUUAACGGUUAUCAGUUUCUAAAUAGAACUCAAUUGAUAUGGAGUAAUAGAAAUUAUUUAAUUAAUGUAGUGUGGAAAAAUAUGGUAGCCUACAAAACAUACAAAUAUAUUUUUGCAAUCUUGUCAAUCCUGAAGCUAUUUCAACACCACAAUAUUCAUGGUGCCUUGAUUUUUUAUGUUAUUUUUAUUAAGUAUUAAAUCUCAGCAUUGAGUUGCUGAGAUUUUGCUGAGAUAAUUCAAGCUAGAAUUAGCACGGUUACUAUCAGAAGCAGGAAAUAUUAUUAUACUGAGGUGUAGAUGAAACUACUGUACGCUUGCUUACUGCAUGUAGUGUUCCGAUCCAAUUAUUGUGAAAAAUUGCAGAGGUUUAUCUCUGUAUUGUAUUAUUCUGGCAUGGAGCACUGCACAGGUCUUUUGUUAACGACUCUGUGCUGUUUCACACACGGCAUAACUCACACUCACUCACUCUCUCACUCACACUCACUCUCUCACUCACACUCAUUCUCACUCUCACUCUCUCACACUCACUCUCACACUCACUCUCACACUCACUCUCACACUCACUCUCACACUCACUCUCACACUCACUCUCACACUCACUCUCACACUCACACUCACUCUCACACUCACUCUCACACUCACUCUCACACUCACACUCACACUCACACUCACUCUCACACUCACUCUCACUCUCACACUCACUCACAGUGCUAUGAUUCGCAGGUGAGUACUUCAAAAUCAGCUGGGGUUUAUUUAGAUUCGUAAAAGAAAAUGUACAGUACAUCGAGUGACACGCAGUGCACACAAUACACACUCAAAUUCAGGUUUAUAUAUUGUAUGUUAACAGACCAGUUGCAAGCUAAUAAAAUUUUUUCGUGGCAGUUUCUCAGAAGUACUACAGCGCAAAGAUCAUCUUCAUAUGAACUCAACAAAUACAGCGAACUUCGUACUGUCCAUGUCCCAUUCUUAAGUUGCCCAGAAACCUAACUGACUAGUCCGAACGUAUCAGCUAAUGUAAUGUAAUGUAAUGUAAUGUAAUAACAUAUCACAAUGAAAGUUAAGUAGGGAAAUGAACAUGUACGAAUUCCCCGGGAAAGGACGACUUGACGUGUCUAAGUCCUAAUCCUCUUCCGAAAACGUUUUAAUGUUGCUGGCGCAACAGAAAAGCAUCUGCCCGAUCAUACGGAGAGCACAAGUUUCAAAUCACAAUGAUGCCAUCAAGGGAGUAAAAUUGGCCUUACUCUCUGUGUGGGAGGGUUUGCAUUCUCUCUCUUGCUUGUCAAUCACAGUGACACUAACCAAUCACAGGCAUCGGUGAGCUCAUGUAUGUGGAAGAGGGAAGACAGCGCUUUCCUCUGAGUGUGUUACGCUGCCCUGUACUACAGCAUGAGCAGCAGUUUGAAAUGGUGGAGAUGGCUGGCUUCACGUGUCUCAGACGAAGCACGUGCUAGCCUUCAUCCUCCUUGGUUGGUAGAUGACAUAUAAUAAGGGAGAGCUGGUUGG